AGGAGGGGGUGGCAUCGCCUGGGGAGCCCGGAGAGUGACGGGGAGAGAGGAGAGGCACCAAACACAAAUAUCCCAGCAAAGCAACCCCUCCCUUGGUGCUGCCAGCAGCUCCCUCAGGUGCCUGCUCAGGGAUGACCUUGUGGGCACGCCCGGCCUCCCAGGAUAUAAAACCUGCCCCGGGGAGGAAACAGCCCAGAGAGGCAGCCCCAAGAGAGGUUGUUCCAAGAUGAAGGCUCUCCUUGUGCUCCUGCUGGGAGCGCUCCUGUGCGUGGACUCAGGUUCAUCUUUGCAGUGCUACAGCUGCAAAACCCAGCUCAGCAACUCCAAGUGCAUGACGAAGGAGGAGUGUGGCACCAAGACCGUGUGCAAGACAGACGUGAUCCGGGCUGUGGGGCUCUUCAGCAUCAUCAGCAAGGGCUGCGACUCCUCUUGUGAGGAAUCCUACAACGACUUCAGCGUGGGCAACAGGAACAUCUCCUGCUGCAGCACUGACCUCUGCAACGUCAACGCCGCGGGCGGAGUGAGGGCCAGCCACGGGCUGGCCGGAGGGAUCGCGGCCGGAGUGCUCUGGGCCGCCCUCACCAACAAAUUUUGAGGGGCAAAGACGCCUCCCGUGACCACAGAAAGCCUCGGAGCACCCCUCUAAUAACAGGAAUUGUAACCAGGGGCAGCGGGGUGUGCCAGGCACCCUGGGAGCUGAUGGCAGCUCUUUGCCGUAUGAUGGCUUCUGCUUUAAUCCUAUUGCAAACCCAGAGUGCUGCCCAGAUAAGGAAAUGUGUGUUCAUGUUGCCUGCAAAACACCCGAAAUAAAGUUAUUUCUCCACCAA